ACCCGCGAUCAGUUCGGUCGUGUGCGCACCACCAUGUUACCGCUUUCAGCAACGCUGUGCUUCUUGCUUGGGAUUAUAUGUGCCCCUUUUAUUCAUGGAGCGAUAACCUGUGGGUUCCCCGGAGCUCCGGCUCACUCCUCAGUGUUCUUCAGCAACACAACGCUGACCCCCGGGACUGUGGCCACCUACACGUGCGAGAGAGGGUUCGAGCUGCUAGGUCCUUCCAGGAGGGUCUGCGGUAAUGAUGGCCAGUGGACACCAGAGGGGAUUCCCUUCUGUGUUCUGAACGUGGCAGCUGGAAAAGCUCCCAUGCAGAUCAGUUCUGAGCAAGGAGGAGUUCCCCAGAAGGCCAUAGAUGGCAGCACCAGCUCCUUCUUCAACGCAGAGACCUGUACCCUCACUAGGCCUGAGAGAGUACCUUGGUGGUAUGUCAACCUGUUGGAGCCCUACAUGGUACAGCUCGUCAGGCUGGACUUUGGGAAAGCUUGUUGUGGUAAAAACAAGCCAGCCACGAUAGUAGUGCGAGUGGGGAACAACAGACCAGACCUGGGAACCAACCCUAUCUGCAACAGAUUCACAGGGUUCCUAGAGGAAGGCAAGCCACUCUUCCUACCAUGCAACCCUCCAAUGCCUGGUGCCUUUGUGUCUGUUCAUCUGGAGGGAACCACAGGCACCAACCAGCUUAGUAUUUGUGAAGCCUUUGUAUACACUGACCAGGCGCUUCCCAUUGAGAGAUGUCCGCAGUUCAGAGACCAGCCACCAGGCAGCACUGCUACCUAUAAUGGCAAGUGCUAUAUCUUCUACAACCGCCAGCCCCUGAACCUACGGGAGGCAUUGGCAUUCUGCCGCAGCCGAGGCGGGUCUUUGGUGGACGAGAGUAACCCAGCUCUACAAGGCUUUAUCAGUUGGGAACUGUGGAGGCGACACAGGAGUGACACCAGCAGCCAGUACUGGAUGGGAGCCGUGAGAGAUCCACAAGACCGCAACAACUGGAAGUGGCUCGGUGGAGACGAUGUCACUGUCAGCUUCUGGUCACUGCCCGGUGGAGACGAGGACUGUGCGAGGUACGACGGAGCCAAGGGGUGGCUGUGGAGCGACACCAACUGUAACGUCAAGAUCAACUACAUCUGCCAACACCAACCAAAGGCUUGUGGUAAACCAGAGCAACCUCCCAACUCCACGAUGGUCGCCAAGAACUUCAAUGUUGGAGCCACAAUCGAGUACAGUUGUGACGAGGGGCAUCUUCUGGUCGGGCCCAGCUCUCGAGUUUGUCUCCCCACCGGCUUCUACAAUGAGUUCCCUCCAGUCUGCAAACGAGUACAAUGCGGCUACCCUGCAGACAUAGCCAAUGGAGACUACCAGCUGUUGAAUGACAGUGUAGGCUACAUGAGUCAGGUGCUAUACAGCUGUGAGGAAGGGUACAAGCUGCUGGGCCGUGCUCAGCUGACGUGUGACUUAGACGAGAGAUGGGACGGCCCACCUCCCAGGUGUCAACCAAUCAAAUGCAGUGAUCCACCUGAAAUAGAGAACGGGGAAGUUUUCAUAGACAGCAAUGUAACAGUUGUUGGGACAGUUGUUGAAUACACCUGCAUUUCUCGCAAGUAUCGGCUAGUUGGGGCUAAACAAAUUAUUUGUCUGCCUUCGGGCCAAUAUGACAAACCUGCUCCCGAAUGCAAAGAAGUGAAGCAGACACCUGUCGUGCCACUAGUGACAGCGCCCAAGCCUCAGACGACGACUCGCCUACCACCCACACGUGAACGUCCCCGGCCGUUCUCCCCUCGCCCUACCACACCUCCCACCACUCCAACUGAUGAGGACAAUGAGGCGGAGGACAGCAAGCAGAGCGAGUCCGGACGAGUGCCUCAGAUUGUUGUGGCUUCUGCUCAUCCCCAGGACAACGAGAUCCCAGACUCCGUCCAUGUUCACAACAAUCUGCUUCACAACGGAGCCGAUCUGCCAACUCAUUCAACAGACGACAGGCGGGAGACUCUCGGAGCUAAGUUGAACCUUGGUGCCAUCAUCGCUCUUGGAGUAUUCGGAGCGUUUGUGUUCCUAGCAGCAGUGGUCACCACAGUUGUAAUUCUAAUCAGGAGGAAUCGAAGUGCCAAACACUACCGCCACCGAGCAUCACCUGACUGCAACACUGUCGCAAGUUUCGACUCGUCGAGCUCUGAGUCCCGCGGAGGGUUGAAUCGCUACUACCGCCAAGCGUGGGAGAAUCUCCACCAAUCAGCGAGCAGUAAGGUGGCCAACCACCCUCCCCUACGGCGCAAGGAGACACUGGACCGCGAGGGGGUGAGGGAUGGCAGUGAGUUGGUAGUGAGUGACGUUUACCCGCAGCAGCGCAGAGAGACGACAGAGAAGAAGCGACACCACCACCAUCACCACCACCAGGGAGAGUGGAGGGGGCACCAGCACGCGCGAUCUCCACACAAGGCUCGCUACUAGAAACUUUAGUCUUAAGUCUUCAAUUUCAAACAUUGUGACUCUAACCCUUUGCGAUUGGCAAUACUGUUUAUGAUGUCUCAAACAGUUAAGUGGUCAGUUUCAUGACUUUUGUGCAUAAACUGUGGUAGUUCACCUUAGUUGUCACUGCCACUUGGAUGACUAGUAUUAAAACUUGCUUACACUUUGAAGGUUAGCAACGUUAACAAAAAUUACAUUUUUUGUCAACAAACAACAAACAAAACUUUGUUUGUUAUAAUGUGUGUCAUGUCUGAGUGGUAAUAUCUAGUGUGCAGCUUUGAAAUUGAAUUCCAAACUAGUGGGAAGAAGCUGCUAUGAUUGCUGCUGAGCUGAAACUUGUAAUGCAAGCCGCAGAGACAAGAGCAAAGGGUUAAAAAUUAUAGGUCAUUCAUAAAAAAAGCUAAGAGCGGAAACAGUAUUUUUUUUAAUAAAUUUUAUAUUCUACAAAUUGGAAUAAACUAUAAAUUUUAUUUAUAAGGUUUGAGAAUAUGUAAGCCAUAUAAGAAUUUUUUUCAGUGUUAAAAAUAGUAAUUUCGAAAUUUUAAAAACAAACAAAAAAUUGUUUGCUCAAUUCAUUAAUUUUGCUUACAAAGUCCCCUGGAUCUUUAAAAUUAUGCACCCAUUCAAUAAGUAUAAUACUUAAAUAUAUUUUGUAAAAACAGAUUUGUUACCACCUUUUUUUUGCUUCAAAAUAUUUUACCGAUUGGAUAAUAUAUUGUACAUAGCCUACAAGAAAACUUACCAAAAAACUAUAUAUUUUGGUUUUUUUUUUGUUUUUGCUGUAUUUGCUAUCAUUAUGGUUAACGUUUAUACCAGUGGGUGCAAGCAAGAUCAAAUUUUAUAUUAACUUUUACAAAUAAAGUUCUAAUUCUUUAUAUAAAUUUAGAAUUACAGAUUAUUAUUGUUAAUAUUUUCUUUAUAAGCUUACUCAUAAUUAGUAGCAAUAUAUUUUGAUAUUUGAAGAUUUUUAUGAUAUAAAGAACAUCACAAGUAACUCUGAAUGUUCAAUGAUGUUAUGUGACAUAUUAGUUUAACAAUUCUACUGUAUGAUGAUUAAUUUAUUCAUUAACAAACACUUUGAUUAUAACAGUAGUUUGAUUUAUAGUUGAUGCCAAAGCAAGAUUCUAUAGUACAUUUUGUGUUGACUGUUAUAAGCUUUUUCUCUAAUUUUAUAAACGCUGUUUUUAAUGUAUAUAUUACCUUAAAUGUUACGUUAGUGAUCAUAGUCUUAAGAUAUUCAUAUUGUGUUUAAAAUACCCUGAGUGUAAACGUUUUGAAGCUAUUUUUCUGCAAAAUUAACAAGUUUUUCUUUGGUGGUAGAAAAUACCGCUGGUGUAUAAAUUGGAAAGAAAUUCACAUUCAAGGAAUGCCUUGGCCAUACUUUGAGGUUAUUGAAUCAAAGUAAAGCUGAUGCAAAUCUUAAUAAGGUCGCACUCUACCGCUUGUCCAGAUGAGAAUAGAGAACUAACAAUUAUUUAAAACAACGACUGAUAAAGAAAUAUUUGUAAAUAGUGAGCUGUAGUUGUAGAGAAAAUGUUCACAAGUUUAUUAAAAUUUAUUGAAAUGUGUAUAUAAUACUUAUC